AAGAGGAGGAGCUAGGAGAUCAAAAAUCACAUGUUUUUUGACAUUGGGUUUUCCCUUUCUUUAUCGUAAUUUCUGCAUCUCUCUCUCAAUAUCCAGCUUCCCUCACAGAAUCGCCAGACCAAUACAUCAUUUUUAACCACUCUGCACUCGUUUUCUCCCCAUCCAUGAGCGUUUAGGAAAAAUUCAUUCUUUCUUCCUCCGUUUCCUUGCACACAAUUGACAAAGAAAUGGGUUCUUUAAUUGAUCUUAAUCUCUACCCUGAUCCUCCUAACACCACAACUAUCGCCACCGGCUACGCCGACACUGCUGCAAUCUCGAUCAUCCCAAAAGUUGAACCCAAACUGGAACCUCUCGAUGAAUCAGCUGAUGUCCCACCAGAAUCCAACUCUAACCCUAUUUUGGGCCUCAUUUCACAGCCGACCACAGCACUAGUCGAACAUUCCGAAGUAGACGAAAACAAUGUCUAUUCAGAAUACAAUAGGAUAUCGGAGAUGUUUCGAACGGCAUUUGCUAAGGACAUGGAGACGUACGACGAAAUUCAAGCCACGGAUCCCGACGCGCAAGCAAUCGUGCCGGUUCCCGAAGAAAACCAACUUUCUACCGUCAUUGUGCCGUCUCGCCGGAAGAAUCCAUCACGGUCGUCGGAAUUGGUUAGAGUUACAAACCUUGGAAUCGAGGACGAGAGGUACUUUCGAGACGUGGUAAGGAAAACGAGGAUGAUUUAUGAUUCUCUUAGGGUAUUAGUCGUUAUGGAAGACGAUAAACGUAGGUCUUUCGGAAUCGUCUCUACUCCCCGCGCCCGAGGCGAUCUGAAAGCUUCUGCGGUGAUGAAAGACCGAGGCCUAUGGUUGAAUCGAGACAAGCGGAUUGUUGGGGAGAUUCCUGGGGUUCACGUUGGCGAUGUAUUCUUUUUCAGAAUGGAAUUAUGCGUUGUCGGGAUGCACGGCCAAGUACAAGCAGGAAUUGAUUAUUUAACAUCGAAUCAAAGCUCGAAUAGGGAACCGAUUGCUACCAGUGUGAUUGUUUCCGGUGGGUAUGAAGAUGAUGAAGAUGCUGGCGAUGUUAUUGUCUACACUGGUCAUGGCGGACAAGAUAAGAAUAACAAGCAAGUCGUUCAUCAGAAAUUGGAAGGUGGGAAUCUUGCGAUGGAAAGAAGCAUGCAUUAUGGAAUCGAGGUAAGAGUAAUCCGUGGGUUUAAGUAUGAAGGUAGUCCCAGUGGGAAAGUUUACGUUUAUGAUGGACUGUAUAAAAUCAUCGAAGCUUGGUUUGAUGUGGGUAAAUCUGGUUUUGGAGUGUACAAGUUCAAGCUUGUUAGAAUGGAAAACCAAACUGAAAUGGGUAGUGCACUUCUUAAACUUGCAGAGAAUCUUAGGACAAAACCUUUAGAGGUUAGGCCUGUUGGAUAUAUUAGCUUUGAUAUAUCAAUGAAGAAAGAAAACAUCCCAGUGUUUCUAUUCAAUGACAUUGAUAGCAAUCACGAACCAAUGUACUAUGACUACUUAAAGACAACUGUUUUCCCCCCUUUUGUGUAUCAUAACGUAGGAGGUGGGUGCAUGUGCGUCUCCGGAUGUUCAAAAGAUUGUUUUUGUGCUCAGAAGAAUGGUGGUGAGUUUGCUUAUGAUUCAAAUGGUCUUCUUGUGAGAGGGAAGCCGCUGAUAUUCGAAUGUGGACCUUUCUGCCGUUGUCCUCCUAAUUGUCAAAACCGUGUAAGCCAAAAGGGUGUGAGAAACCGUUUUGAAGUUUUUAGAUCAAGGGAAACCGGUUGGGGAGUUAGAUCAUUGGAUUUGAUACAAGCGGGUUCUUUUAUUUGUGAAUAUAGUGGGGUUGUUCUUACAAGAGAGCAAGCACAACUUUUUACCAUGAAUGGUGAUAGUUUAAUUUAUCCGAAUCGAUUCAGUGAGAGAUGGGCAGAAUGGGGUGAUUUGAGUCAAAUAUUUUCUGAUUAUGUAAAACCAUCAUACCCUUGUGUCCCUCCUUUGGAUUUUGCGAUGGAUGUUUCAAGAAUGAGGAAUCUUGCGUGUUAUAUGAGUCACAGUUCGUCUCCAAAUGUGUUGGUGCAGUUGGUGUUGUAUGAUCACUCGAAUCUUGCGUUUCCUCAUCUUAUGCUUUUUGCUAUGGAGAAUAUUCCUCCAUUACGGGAGUUUAGUAUUGAUUAUGGACAGGCUGAUGAGUGGAUGGGGAAGCUAUCCAUUACUAAUUAAAUCAAUUCUCAUCCUCUAUUCUCAUUUUUGGUUUUUGGUUUUUUUAUUUUUAUUUUUAUCUUGCAGACUCUUGGAUGCAUCAUGUUCUGAGGUACAAGGUGUAGAAGCCGUAAAUAUGUUGUGUCAAAAGAUUUGCAACGUUUUCAAUGCUGUGAUUCAGAAAAGGCUUCAUCAAUUUUGUGUCCUGUUGUCAAAUUGUGAGCAAUGUUCAAAAUCUGAUGGGAAUAAUAUAUUCAGACAUUUUCAGAGAUAAAGUAGGUGUAUGCAAUUGCUGACAAGUUUAGAUACAUGUAUGUAGAAUGUAGUAUGUUUUAUUGUAGACUUUCAUAUGUUAGGAUCAGCAAUCUUAGUCGUUUAAUGUGAUAAUAUUAGCGUGUAUAUAUUAAGUUCCUAUUUAUUACAAUUUUAGUAGAGCAACUGUAUCCGGCAUCUUCAAAUGAGUUGUUUCUGGUCUAUAUUUUUUCAUUUGAGGAGGGAUUGCUUAAGCUUGAUUUCUUCUUGUAUUGACAUUAUUCCAUUUAUCAUCUUUCUGUUUGUAAUUUUGGGUCUGUUUGAUAAAAUUGUGUUAAUUAGUGGUUUAGGUGAUUUAUAAGGUCUUUGGGGCAAACAAGACAAUAUAAAUGGGGAAAAAUGUUAUUUUUGUCCCACCCAAAAUGUUAACAAACUCAGCUCUUCAUCCCUCAUUUAUAUACAAGAUAACAAUGCCUUCCUUACAGACCAAGGGAUAAGUGUUUUUCAAAAUAAUAAUAAUAAAUUGUAAAAAAAAAUUUAUUACUGUUUUUGGGUAUCUAUAGUUUGUACAGGAUAAGUUAUUGUUUAGACAAUGAUAAUGUUUGUUACUUUGUUUGAAUAAAUACCCUUCCAUCUGUCAUCACAGUAAGGUCAAUGCACGGGGAACCCAACUAAGUAAUCCUCACGUGAAUCCACUAACGGGAACUACUUUUGCAAUUAAUCUUGCCUUUUUCUUUAUUCAGGUUUCAUAAUUUAUUUUAAUUGUUGAUUGAAUCUUACUCAAACGCUUCAUAGAAGCUCAUCAACUCCAUUAAAUCUUGUCUGAAAGCCCCACAACUGUCUUGAUCACUUUUCAACCACCACUAUACAUAUGCAUAUACAUCUUUCAUCUAUUUCAUAUCUUUUUCCAUUCAAUGUUGCACACCGAGCCAUCUUUCUGCAUUUAUGCAGAUGAAGACGGAUGUCUUCAAAAUGAGAAAAGGGAUUUAGAGACGAAAAGUUCAAAAAAAUCGGACAGUAGUGGUGAAUUCUCUUUUGCAGAGAGAAGUAUGGGAUUGAUUGUGGAGGAUGAAGAAUCAAAUGGAUUUAAAAAUGAAGAGAUUCAACCACCGAGUCCUAAAAUGUAUCUUGCUACAGGGUUUGGAAUCGAUGGUAUAGGUGGCACUGAGUUUACACCAACCUUGUUCGAUGACGAGUACUAUAAGAUGAUUGUUGAUCAAGAUCCUUACAAUCCUCUCGCCUUGAGGAAGUGCGCCCAAUUUUUACAGUCCAGGGGUGAUCUUACUGGAGCUGAGGAUUACUUCUUGCGUGCUACACUUGAAGACCCUAAUGAUGGUCAAACUCUGAUGCAGUAUGCUAAGUUUGUCUUGGAGGUUCAUGGUGACCAGGAUAAAGCCUUGAGUUACUUUGAGAAAGCUGCUCUUGUUGCUCAUGGAGACUGUAAUAUUCUUGCAGCAUAUGCUAGCUUUCUGUGGGAAAUAGAUGAAGAGUGCGAGCAUGGUGGUGCUGUUUCUGUAGGUGCAGAGCCUGUGUUGUAGUUGCUCUGGCCCCAUGCUAGAGUGUUGUUAUUUGUGUUUUUGUACUAAUCGUUUCGAUGGGUACUUAUUGCUGUUGUAAUAUGAGAAUAAUUAUAUAUAAUUCAUAUUGGUCUAUAUUUAAUCA